GAAAAGAAUAAUCGUUAUAACAUAACCUAAAAAUCUGACAUAAAAUUAAUCUUUUCAACAGUUUAUUUUAAUUUACGAGCAUGAAAUGAUGGAAUUAGUAUCCAAACGAAAACCGAUAACAAAUCUAUUAAUGGGCCAAGAAUCAAUUAAAUUCAUGUAUAAUUAUUUCCAAACAAACUUGAAGACAAACCAUGGAUUUCUCCGUUGUGAAUACUGCACUUUCAAAACUGAUGAGCUGAGCGUGAAGAAAAGUUAUUACCUGUUGGGGGUGCCUUAUGGAAGUGACCAGGAAACCGUUCGACAGGCUUUUGUUCAACUAGUCAAGAAAUAUCAUCCUGACAGCGGCUCAGAAAAGGCGGAUCCACAGCGAUUUCAAGAGAUAGAAAAUGCUUAUAGAAGACUACAAAAGAAAUUCUCUGAGGACAGGUGGAAAAAGAACGAAGGCUUGGGAGAAUAUGGAUUAUACUAUGAUGAAAAGAAAGGGGCACAAAAAGGUGUUGAAGAGCAGAAUAUUAAUCACACAGCGCCCCAACACAGACAAUACUUGACGUACGGGGGUUGGGGCACGGGAACCCCCUCGCAGAGAGAGCGUCACUACCAGAAGAGCCGCGCCGAAACAGCUGUUAAGAACGUGUUCCAACACCGCAUGGACAAGGUCAUAUCAGAGACCGUUUGCACGGAGGAGCAAGCCCUGGCACUCAAGGACAAAGCUGAGGCCAAGAAGAUCAAAACACGUUUCUAUCACGAGUUCAAGAAAUUUUUCAAGCAUGCAACUGUAACUCCACGGUAUGGGCUUGAACGUCUAGUUGAGGAUUUGAUACAAGAGUCGAUGAACAAGGGAGAAUUCGACAACCUUCCUGGCCAGGGAAAACCACUAGGGAGACAGUUUGACCACCACAAUCCCUAUGUCGACCUUGUUACACACAAACUAAAUCAGGUGCUGAUAGAUAACGGCUUCGUACCAGAGUGGAUUCAACUACAGAAAGAAAUCCGUGAAAGCGAAGAUGAGAUAAGAAAGAAACUGUUGGAAGAAAGGAGUAGGCUGGGCAGGUUACCACUGAAUCGAGACGACCAAAUACGUUGGAGCCGAAUUUUGGACAAUACACAAAUUCAUGUCGACAAACUCAACAAGAAAAUUGGGAAAUAUAAUUUAGUUGUACCAAUGCUGCAGAAACAGGUUGUCACUUUCAAUUUGCUUCGAGAAGCACAAAGAGUUCUGGAGGAAGGAGAGCACAGUAAGGGAGAACAAAGCCAACCCAAUCAACAUCAAACGAGUAAGACAAAGAAAGAAGACGACGGAUCCGGAUUAUUUGGUCUUUUCUCCUUCCUGAUGAAAAAAUAACUCGAUAAAAUUUCUAGCCCUUGUCUAACCAAAGCUGUCAAAUCAUUUUUCUUACUGUGUGAUACUAGAUUAAACUGGUGGCAGCCAGAAUAAAUUGUAUGAAAGGAUCUCAGUGGUAAAAUGUACUUGAGUAAUAUUGACAAUUUAAAAAAAACACACAUAUGUUGUCAAAUUCUAAACAGUUUUAUUUGGUACACGACCAUGUUUUCGUGACCACACCGGUCACUUGAGUUGAGUUGACAGUCAACUUGGAAAUGUGACCGGUGUGGUCACGAAACCAUUGUCCUGUACCGAAUAAAACUGUGUAGAAUUUGACAACAUAUGUGUGUUUUUAUUCAAUUAUGGAACGGUUCUACAAUAUUGACAAUGACUCAGUCGAAUUAAUAUUGACAAGUACAAAUAUUGAAACUUCAAGAUUAAUUGAAUUCAGUGUAAGUUGCUGGAUUUUGAAGUAUAAUUUUGUAUACAUUCAGUGCUUAAAUGGAUAAAAUCAAAUGUAUUGUGUCAAAUAAUAGAAUUUUAUUUGUAAAAAUUUGGGGAGAAGACAGUUUUGGGCUAUGCCUGUUGUCUUCUACCAAUCAUAUAAUUUAUAUUAUAAUUAUGAUUUGGAAUUGUCAAUGAAAUAAAUAAAUAAAU